AUGAUGAGUUUGAAAGGGACAAUCAAUCAAAUCUUUUAUAAUAAUACUAAUUAUGUGUUCACACAACAAGUACUCAAUCAAGCUCGAUCACUCAAAUCUUUAUCCAAUGAUUUAUACACAGAUCCACUUCGUUUUGUUUAUGAACUUGUGCAAAACUGUGAUGAUGCUUGUCAACCGAAAUCUAUAGUACGCAUCGCCAUUUUGGAUCAUUGUUAUUUAAUCGUUGGACAUAAUGGAAAACCAUUUGACACGGAAGAUGUAGAAAGUCUAUGCAAUAUUGGAUGUAGUACAAAAAGACAAGAUGUGCAAAAAACAGGUUAUAAGGGUUUAGGAUUUAAGGCUGUUUUUGGAAAAUCUGAUUAUGUACUAAUUGCAUCCAAAGGCGAAUAUUUUCGAUUUGAAGCUAACUCUAAAGUAUUUAAUUGGAAUCCAAAAUGGGGAACUAAUCAAAUGACAUGGGAACAAAUGAAUAAUAAAACAUUUGAAUUUCCUUGGCAAAUAUGUCCUAUUUGGACUGAAAAAAAUGAAGUACCUGAAUCGAUUCAAAAAUGGCUUUUAGGACAAAUUGAUGCUGUAGUAACUAUAAUUCGUUUGAAAAACAUCGAAGAAACACAAAAUGCUAUCAAACAAUUAACAGAUCAACCUCAUGUAUUCAUGUUUCUUCGAAAUAUCAGAACUGUUAAAUUUUCUUUUAAUUCUUCAAAUGAAACAAGUUUAAACAUAACUAUUCUUCGAGAUGGUUCUGUAAGAGUUGUAUAUGAUUGGAAAUUUAUAUCACAUUGGUUAUUAUGUACAUGUAAGAUAGAUGUUCCUGAUAAUGCACGACAUGAUUUUCGUUUACCAGAAAAACUUCAAGAUGCAAAACAAACAGAAAUUAUUCUUGCUGCAAAAAUUGAUAAAAACGAUAAUAUUGAAAGCGUUCAAGGUCGUAACAAUGCAUUAUUUGCUUAUCUUCCAACGAAAAUAAUAACCUAUAAUUUACCUAUAUUAGUCAAUGCCAAUUUCUUAACUAAUGCUAGUCGAGAACAUAUACAUACAGAUUCAGUAUGGAAUCAAUUUCUUUUUUCUCGUAUUCCACAUGAAAUGAUUAAAUGGAUAGGAAAACUAAUGAAACAAAAUAAAUGGAGUGAUAAAGCUCUUGAUCUUUUACCGAAUCCUAUUUCUGUUAACGAUAAUCUGGCUAAAAAAUAUAAUGACAAUUGUUCAAAUGCAGCAACAGAAGUACCUUUUAUAGUAAAUUCUUCCAAGGAAUUAUUAAAACCCAGCGAAGCUGUCAUUGAUACAACAGAUUUUUCAAAUCAAAAUUGUAUCGGAAAUAAAUUAAUUCGUGAUUUUAUUUUACGUACUAUUUCUCCAACAUCUCAUAUUGCAUGUCAACCUUUUAUUCGUAAUAGUAAACGAAUUCGUAAAUUUAAUAUUCUUGUCUUUGACUGGAACAACUGCAUAGACAUGUUGAAUUCCAAUGAUUUUCAAAUAAGUUUUACACCUGAACAAGACAUUCAAUUUAUUGUCUAUCUAUAUAAUAAUCAACAUCAACAACAAAUUGAAGCUCGGUUAAGAAAAUUACCAUUUCUUAUGGAUCGUAUGGGAAUACUUCGAAUGACAAACGAAAUUUAUAUACCAUCACAAUUUAGUAAUGCAGAUUGGGUAGAAACAAAUGAUACUGAUCCAUAUGUACAUGAAAAUAUAAUAUUAUGGCUACAGACUGAGUCUUUAGUCUUUCAAUGGCUUAAAUCAUUAGGUGUAAUGGAGAAAACAGAUGAAAUAUUUAUAAAUCGAAAAAUCCUACCAAAUGUUCGUAAUUAUAUAACAUUAGAAAAUGCUUUACCUACUGUAAAGAAAUUAUUUAAUAGUUUUCAACGUGGUGAAAUACAUGAUAAUCUUUUACAAAAAUUGAAUAAAUUGAAAUUAUUUUCUCUUGAACAAACUUUAGUACCUGCUGAUGAAUUAUAUUUUUCUGAUUCAUAUUUACCUCGUCUUUCUUUACAUAAUUUUCAUCUAGAUGAAGCAAAAUUUUUGUCUCCAAUUUAUUUAAAUGAAAUUAAAGGUAUUACAAAUAAGCUAAAACAAUUUUUUCUUUUAUUGGGUCCUAUCGAUUUAAACAAACAGAAAAUCUUUUCUCAAUACAAUUCAUUACAAUUUCAACAUUGUCUUAUUCUUCGAUUUCUUGAUGUUACUCAAAUAAAUUACGAUUUUGCUCUUUACUUUUGGCAACAUGUUAUAUAUUCAAUUAAUAUCAACCUACUAAAUGAAAGAGAAACACUCAUUUGUAAUCAACAACAAAUUCGUAAAAUUGAUAAUUUACCGUAUUGGUUUGUUCGAGCACGAAUAUGUAUUCCAACUACGACGAAACAAUUAUUAAAAAGCACAGAUGUUUUCUCAAGUGAUUUAAAACUGAUUGCUGGAGAUUUAUUGCCUGUUUUUGCUUGCGCUACUUCGAUACCAUUUCCUACUGAUUGGCAACGUUUCUUUCAAUUUAAAACUGAAUUUUCUAUUCAAGAUUAUAUUCAAUUAUUAAAUUUAUUGUAUGAUCGUUCAAAGAAUAUUAUUCUUAACGACGAAAAUGAAACAUAUAUCCAACGUGUUUAUACUAGUAUGAUCAAAUGUCUUUCAAAUAUUGAUAGAAAAUAUAUUGAUCAAUGUCGACCAAAAGGACCUUUGUAUUUACUUAGUACAAUAAAUAAUGAAUUUCUUCCUUCUACAAAUCUUGUCAUUUCUUUAAACAAAGAUUUUAUUUUGCCUAAUCAAAUUCCUCAACUUAAAUUAAGUACAGGAAAUUCACAUGAUUAUAAUUUAACAUAUCUUCUUGAUUUUUUUAAUAUACAACAAAUUAAAAUCAAUGAUUUAGCAUUACCUUCUAACAUUAGUGUACAACCUUCACUUUUCUUACGAGCAAAAUUACGUGAUAUGCAAGCAUAUCUAUUUCAAUUAAUUCAAUCUCGAAAUAUUACGAAUCAUUGUAUUGACUAUGAUCUAGAAAUAUUCGAAGUCGAUCAAUUGGUAUUAUAUUAUAAAGAAAAAAUUCCUGUUCUACAAAUACAUAUUCAUGUUAUUGAUCAUCGACUGUAUGUUACACGACCUUGGAAUUCAAAUGAAGUUAUGUCAAAAUUACCUCAAAUUCUUUGCAAACAAUUCAAACUACCAUCGAAUAUCGAAUCAGAUAUUCGUCAAUUUUUACUUGAUGAAAAAACUAUUCCUUCAACAAUGCAUAUUUUACCAGAUUCUUCAAUAGAUUUUAAAGAUAUCAAUGGAACUCGUGGAAAAUUCGCCAUGAUUAUUGAUCGUGAUAACAAACAACUUUUCAAUCAUCUAGAAAUUACCGAUACAACGACUUCAGCUGAACUUCUUACCAAAGCACUUAAUGCACAACAUUCUCCAUUUUCUGGCUAUGUAUAUCAUUACACACAUUUGGAAAAUGUAGUUUCCAUUCUUCGAGACAAUGCUAUUAAAUGUCGAAAUAAUUUAUCUUCUAAUGAUUUCAAAGAUUCUGCUGCUAAAAAUAUAAUUCAGACAACUCGCUAUGAAAUUAAAGAUUAUGCACGUUUUUAUUUUCGACCAUUGACACCAACACAAUACUAUAAUGAAAAUCUUGGUUUACCAAAUCUAUCAAAUCGAUACGGUAAUCAACCUAUGUGUCCAGUACCAAUUAUUUUUCGUAUUGAUUUAGCAGCUAUACUUUCUAUUGAAGAUAUUCAAUGGAAAGUUAGUUUAGGUAAUAUGGCAAGUUCUCAAACCGAAUUCGAUUAUAGUCUAAAUGUUGUAAGAAAAUUUGAUUUUCAAGGUGUAUUUUCUGAUUUACGUAUAGAACGUGGUAAAUAUAGUUCACAACAGGAAUUUCUUAUUAAAUCACAAUUAAAUUUUGAUCAACUUCAACAAGAAAAUAUUACAAUUAUAUAUCAAGAUGAAAAUGCACGUUAUAGUUUAGAACGUAUGAUUUCACAUAAUUAUCCUUCAAAUAUUGAUACAUCAUUCUUUUAUGGUUGUAAUUCUCGAAUCAUAAUAGACUCGACUGGUACUACUAAUGAAAUUAAUGUUUAUAUUAAUGACUUAAAUCCAUCAAGAGUUUAUGGUCAUCUAAUUUUACAAUUGUCUGGUACAAAUGAAAAUCGAACAAUACAAGGCAAUUUAAAGGCAUCAUUUCAACGAGGUACCAUAUCAACUGUUUAUUCAACUCAACAAUUUUCGUUUAUUGCUAAUAUGAAUGAUACUCAAUAUGCUAUCUAUUAUGAAUAUGAAAAUCAAGUAUGGCUUAUUCAUACGAAUUCGUCUCAAGCACGUUUCAUUUCACCAAUAUAG